AUGCCGCCUGGGAGCCUCCUGCUGCGCACCUCCACCCGAGAGCAAGUACUUGGCGGAUGGUAUGUGCCGGCCAAGGUUCCCAUCAUCGUGAACAUUUUGGCCCUCCACUACAGUGAAGACCUUUGGGGUGCCGAUGUGAACGAGUUCAAGCCGGAGCGAUGGGAGCGAGGCUUGCCUCACAAGUUUGCCUUUAUGCCCUUUGCUCAUGGACCUCGGGCCUGCAUUGGUCGAGAGUUCACACUGAUGGAGCAGAAGGUGACCAUGGUGAAGUUCUUCCAGAACUUCGAUGUGGAGCGCGUGCCAGGUGACAAGGCUGGGUAUACAGUGCUGAAGCCCGAUGGACGCAGUCCACCCUUCCUGAACUUUGAUACGCCGCUUCAUCUUCACGAAGAAAGAGUCUUCACACUGCGAUACUGUCAGUGCCCAUCUGGAAGGAGGCCGUCAUGGAUCUCAUCACAAGCAAUGGAAUUGGAAGCAAUGGAAUGA